AUGUACGAUCUCAAUAUCCCGUGGACAGCUGUCACGCCCUCGGCCGAGCUCGAACGAACAAUCUCCUUCCUAUCGUCCCUAGGCUACAACACCAUCGCUCUUAACCACACCCUCUCCUCGACCUCCUUACCCUCACAAAUCACAAACCCAAUACCACUCCCGUCGUCCUUUCCCAUAUCGUCCAAAACUACCAUUCUCCGGCGCUGCACACUGAAUAUCUCAGACCCCUCACAAAACCCACGACUACUGGCCGUCUCGGCCGCCUACGAUAUCCUCGCCCUCCGCCCCACAACCGAGAAGGCCUUCCUAGCAGCAUGUCUCACCCUGCCCGAAUUCUCCCUCAUAUCCCUCGAUCUCACCCAACGCUUCCCCUUCCACUUCCGACCCAAACCGCUCAUGGCCGCCGUAAACCGCGGGAUCAGGUUCGAGCUAUGUUACGCGCAAGCAACGAUGGGUGAUGCGGCCGCGCGGAGGAAUGUUAUAAGUAAUUGCUUGGGGAUUAUUAGAGCUACGAGGGGGAGGGGGCUUGUGAUUAGUAGUGAGGCGAAAAGCGCGGUUGCGGCAAGAGCGCCGGCGGAUGUACUGAAUUUGUUAGGGGUUUGGGGGCUAGGAAGGGAGAGGGGAUUAGAGAGUAUGGGAGUUAACCCUAGGGCGGUGGUGGUUAAUGAGGGGAUUAAGAGGAGCGCAUUUAGGGGCGUUGUUGAUGUUGUUUUUGGUGGGGAGAUACGGGUUGAGAAGGAUAAGGGCCAGGCUAAAGACGGUGGCAGGAAGGCUGAGGGAGUGGACAAAAAAGGAAAGGGGAAAAGGAAGGCUGAGGAAUCGAAUACCGAAAGUACGCCGCAAAUUAGCAAGAGGCAGGCCAAACGGAUGAGAUUGGAGGCAUUGAAGGCCAGCAAGGAAUCUUCAUCCCUAGCAGCCGAUGCUACCACGGAUAACACCGCUCCAUCAAAUGACACGACCUCGCCAGAGGGUUCAGCUACGCCUGCUUCAAUACAAGCCAAAUCAAAUGGAUGA